UUCUCUUCCCCACCUUGGCUUCCGCCACUCGGCUCUCCCUUCGUUCUUCCUUCACGAUUUCUGUCUUCUUAAUUUUUUGACCUUUACGCCAUUGAAGAUUCGAUUGCCGCCGAGUAGAACGGAUUUUGAUGACGAAAUCUCAGGGUUCGGCAAUAGGUACGCUAGAAAGGCCAAGAUCGACAAGGCCGCGGUCACGGAGGCCAUUCACCACCAACCUCGCUCGGGGUUCACACCAAGGGCAAAACCCUGGCACUCAAGCGCCUCCAGGAGACGUCACCGGACACCGCAUCCUGCUACCUCCAGCUCCGAAGCCGCUGUCUAGAGAUGCACCUCCCCGUCCCCGCUUCCGCUAGGUCCAGGGCAGCUACCAGGAACACGCCGAACGCUGACCCUAACCCUAAUUCUCACCCUCGCUCUCCUCCUGGUCCUAGUCGUAGCCCUAAUCUCGUGAACCGGGCGGACGGUGCGGCAGAGAGUCCGGUGAAUUCGGACUCCGUGGGGUCCGUACCAACAAAGAGUAACUGCUUCAAGAAGACAAAGGCCACGGCGUUGGCCGUUCGGGAGGCGUCGCCGGAGGUCGAUGCUGCGGAGCCGGAAAGUUCAUAUGGGGAGAAUCAUCUCGAGCUCGACACCUCCAGGAAAGUUCCCUCCUUGGUGGAGCUAUGCAGGGACACGGCGAUCCUUAACCUUAGGUUCAUGGGAGAUGUUGGAGACACGGAGUUGCACCUAUUGAAGGACAUCUUACCUCGCUGUAACAUUAAGGAGUUGACCCAUAUCGAGUACUCAUCGGAAGGAAGGGACCUCAGUCCAGUGACAGAUGACUUGUGGAAAAGAUUCUAUGUGCGAUAUUUUGGAGAGAAAAAUGCAAAUACUGUGAUCAACAGGAUGAAACAGAAUAAAGUAGUAUUUAAGUGGAGAGUGCUCUAUGAGGCAAAGGAAAAGGAACUGGAUGAGGCUAUAAAUAGAAUGGUCAAGAAAAUUAAUGCAGAGAUCCAACAUAGGAAUCAAUGGAAUCUACAAUUCCAAAGUUGUUCUGAAGAUCCACUCUCAGAAAAGAAGAGAGGCCAUGGGGAAGGAAUUGGACCGAGUAAUGUGAAAAGUAACCUGAUGAAGAAGGCAAAAUUGGAGUAUCGUAAUAGCCAUGAAGUAAAAAUACAUGCUCUGCAGCCAAACAGGUUAUCACAUCAAAGCAUCCCAAAACAAAACAAUAUCCUUCCAAGUAGUCCGGAUUCAAGUUCAAGAAAUGGAAAACCAGCAGCGAGAAAAUAAUUGCUUUACCUCAUCUUUUCAGGGUUUCUCAUGAGAAGGAAAACUGUGGCAUCUAUUUAUUUCCUACAAUUUAUGGUACUCUGUCAGUAAGGUGCCUUGUUGGCAUUAGUCUCUUUAUCAGCCUCAUGUGAGUUUCGUAUCUCUAUAGAAAGAUUUGUGUUGACUAUAAAUAUUUGGUUUUAUAGCUUUAGAUUUGAGUUUUA